UUUGGAGUAUGCCGUAUUAGAAAGGUUAUAAUCUUUGAGAAGCUUUGCAUUUGUAGAUGUAACAAGAAAGUUGUUCUUUGACCAGUCAAAGCUCUUCCUGUUUGUCUGUGUAGGAGGAAUCAUGGAGUUGAAAUAUUUUUUCGUGACUGCGGCAUACAUUCUGACUACCUGUGAUCUGGUGCUGGGUGCUAAUACGAUUAUAAAUGUAACGCUGGUGGAUGGAGAGACACCAAACGAGGGACGUGUAGAAUACUUCAGAUCAGAAGAAUCUACCUGGGCUUCAGCUUGUGGAGCUGGUCUCGGUUCUGCGGAAGCAUCAGUUGUGUGCAGACAACUCGGAUACCCGGGAGCCAAUAACUUUUUAGCUCGGUGGCCUUUUGGAGAUGGAACUACUGUUGCACAGGAUCGAUUGAACUGUGAUGGGAGUAAGAAAGUUUUAUGA